CAAUUGGGCGUUACAUGGUCGAAUGUUACUAUAUAAACGACCGAUUGGACUUGGGUCAAUCAGUUCAUCAUUUGAUUCUAGUGCACAUACAGAUUUCCUAAGUCAUAUUUCCAAACUACAAGAAACUAACAACAAUCAUAAUCAAAAUGAAAUUCCAAGUAUCUUUCGCUGUACUCGCCGUCGCCAUUUGCUUCGUCUGCUCUGCCUGCGCCGCCGAACAGUCUGCAAAACAGUCGUCUCAAUCGGCCGCCCCUGCCGCCGCCGCCGGAGACCGCAACAAGCGCGGCCUGUACGCAUCGCCCUACGUGGCCGCCCCGUACGUCGCGUCGCCUUACGUCGCAUCGCCUUACGUGGCUUCGCCGUACGUAGCAUCACCGUACGUGGCCUCGCCCUAUGUCGCUUCCCCGUAUGCCGCCGCAUCUCAUCACCCGUACGGCGCAGUGUCGUCUUACGCCACUUACCCAGUCUCCAGGACUUUCGCUUCACCGUACGCUUAUUACCCGUGAACGAGGAGUAAACCAAUACCAGAGUUACCAAGACAAGAAACGUGUACAAUACACAAAAACGAACAACGAUCCACUUCUGUAAUAUAAUAUUAUACGCAUCUAACACGCUGCUGCAGCAAUAAUAUCCGUGAUUUUAUAUUUUAUAAGUUAUUAUGUGAAUUUUCAUAAAAUCGAGACGAAUAUAAUACAUUUUUUUUACACAUUAAA